CGAAGGACGUUGGUGUUUGCAGACUCUCUACUUGCUGAAACUUGCUGAAGGAAUAUGGCAACAACUGACUCAGCCUAUAACCUAACCACAUACGAUGAUUCCUACUAUGAUUACGAUUAUGAGGAUGAAGUGUGCAACAAAUCAAGCAUCGUUCAGUUUGGAGCAACCUUGACUCCAGUGGUCCUCUCCAUUGUGGUCAUCCUCAGUCUGUUUGGCAACAUCCUGGUCAUCGUGAUUCUGGCAAAGUAUGAGAAUCUCAAAUCUCUCACCAACACUUUGAUCCUAAACCUGGCCAUAUCGGAUCUCUUCUUCACCGCAGGUCUGCCCUUCUGGGUCUACUAUCACAUGUACGGAUGGACUUUAGGCCAACUUGCAUGCCAGAUAGUCAACUUUUUAUUCUACGUUGGUUUCUACAGCAGUGGGAUCCUCCUCAUCAUGAUGACUGCUCACCGUUAUGUAGCCGUCAUGAAUCCUCUGUCUGACAUUGUCUCCACCACAGGCUCCUACAGUGUUAUAGCGUGUGUGAUCAUCUGGGCAGUGAGUAUAUUGAUUGCCAGUCCAACCUCCGCCUUUUCCAAAGAUGACCAGAAUCACUGUGUGUGUGAAAAUUCUUUCUGGUGCUUAUUGGGAAUCUAUCAGCAAAAUGCUCUCUUCAUUGUGAGUUCAGUGGUGUUUAUUUUCUGCUAUUCUCAGAUCAUCUGCAGGUUGCUGCGGCCUACUGCUCGAAGAAGAAAGAGCAAAACUUUAAAACUCAUUUUUACCCUUAUGGUUGUUUUCUUUGUCGGCUGGGGACCUUUUAAUAUAGUGAUAUUUCUAAAGUCAUUUAAUUACUGGCCCAAAACAUCUGCUGACUCAAAGGAUCUAUUGGAAAAUUGUGAAUCAUCAAAGCCACUCGAUUACGCCUUUUACAUUAGCCGACUUCUGGCUUUUUCCCACUGCUGCCUCAACCCUGUGUUUUAUGUGUUUGUGGGGGUUAAAUUCAAAAACCACCUGAAGAAAAUGCUGAAGGGCUGGGGACAAAGCAACAACGGCUUACGCAAUAGGCAUAGCCGACUUACAAUUACAUCCAUAACAAGUGGUGAGGAACUUUCUAUUUAGUUGAUAUGGAGAACAGAGGUGAAACCCGAACUUCUAAACCAGAAAAGAGAACAUCUAAAAUCCUAUUGACAUUUGAUUUAGUUGUAUCUGGGUAGAAUUCUCCUGAUCAGAUACUCAGCAUAAGCUCCCCCCCCCUUUUUAUUUUUAUUUUUUAUAAAGCUUUAGACCCAGAAUCAGCACUUCUAACAGGGCUGACAUAGAGGGAUACGAGAGAUGUCUAAAAUGCAUGAUCUGUUUGGUAUUUUGUGCAAAACGCAUCACAGACAUGUUUUUUUAUAUAUUUGUAUAUAUCUGAGACCCAUAAUAUAUGCCUAAAGAUAGCAUGAUAGGAGAACUUUAAAUUAUCUAUCCUAGAUUUGGGACAGGGGGACAAAUGCAAAUUAAUUUAGCUUCAUUAGCUUUUUAAGUUGGUUCUAAAAAUUGUUCUAAAAAUGAUAUGUGUUGUACAUUAUUUAAUCAAACAUGUAAACCAAUUCCAUUUAUUUCCCCCUUUAAAUUUCCAAUCAAGUUUUGUGCUUCAAAAAAAAUCAGCUCUGUAUCAGUUGGUAAAUAUUAAUGUGAUUUCAAAUUCAUGUUGAUACAUUGAUUAUAAAUUGCACUGUAGAUAAUAUGUGAAACACUUCUUCACUGCAUU